AUGCGCUCCAAUGGCGCAGUUCAUAUUUCUAAUGACACCUUCGCGGCCAGUACACGAGAUCAUACCAAUGGCGUGUUUCUUGUGACGAGUAAAAUAGUUGAGGGACGUGUUUGUCACAGGCCACUGGAACGGCACGUUUGCUUUGGCCACUGCGGCGACAGAGAAGAAGGAAAACAAAAAGACAGUCAAUAUUCUUUCCAUGCCUCCUCCGAUGGAAGCCGCGUCGUGUCUAUUAGCGCGAACGGUUCAAAACACUAUUGUAUUGGCGUAGAGGAUGGGCGUGUUUGUGAGUUCACCGUGCAACAUCCUGUAGUAAGUGUUGGUUGGCAUCCAGUCAGCAAGUCGUUGCUACUGCUGUUGCUUUCCGGGGGCAAACUUCUUUUAUUAGACACGGACAAGGUGACACUCGGUGUGGGAUUCCAAGGGGACGAAUGCGUGUGUCUGCAUUCUCUUGUGGCGACCUGCAGGCAAGGCAGUGGUAAGAGGGAUAGCCAAGAAACAGCAAAAGCGGGGACACUCGUGAAGGCGCCUUUUAACUUAAAUAGAUGUGGUUUGUCAACGCCCGAUCCCACAAGUGAAGGAACAGUAAGUAAGAAAUUACAUGGAACGAUAGAGGGGAUGAGGUCUGGCUUAGGAGGGCAAGUCCAGGAGGUGGUAACAAAGAACAGAAGGGGAAAAAAAGGAAUAAUAAAGAGAGGGGAAAGUGCGAACGAAAGAUAUGCGUUAGCGCAGAUUGAUGCCACACAGUCCCCGCGCGUUGAUGGUUGUAGUGACAUAGUCGGCAUGUGUAUCAUUCCUCCUUCACGCAGCCUCCCUGUAAUGUUGGUGUUGCUCUGUCGCAACGGUGAUGUCUUCUCCGUGAAGCUCAACAAAGACGGGAUGCCAGCUUCACUGUCAAAAGAAUAUGACGGUAGUGUGGGAGCUGCGUUCGGUGAGGCACAGGACAUGCAGAUGGAUUCUGUCUUACGCCCGUGUGUUCACUAUUUGGUUCGUCGUGAUUCUUCGUCAUGUGGCCUCGCUGGAGUCCCCCUGGCGGUAGGCACCUCUCUGUUAGACGAAGACGUUGGACUACGCAUUAUAUAUGUCAUGUACAGCAGCGGAACGUUAGGCGGUUAUCUCUUUGACGAACCCGACGUCCUCUGUCGUGAUCCCAUGCGGCAGCAGGCGGACGUGUCGGUCGUCCUGGGAGCUGCAGUCCCUUGUGAUCACAGAUUAUUACAUGACCAUGUUAACGCGUGUCGUCUCGUUAGCAUACAUAGUUGCGGUAAUGCAACCCUUAUUAGGUACGGAGAUGAGGUGUACUUGUGUGUGUGGCCCGUGUGGUCGCGUGCUGCCGCGGGUUGGGUGUAUAGAACUGAAAACACGGAAGGUUUCCAACGGUUACCGACCAUUGCCCGUGAUGCUAAAGUGCCGGAGCCUGUUGCCCUUCGCGUGCCCUAUAGUACCCACGGUGCGAAUAUUGCGGUUGGUGUGAACGACAUUCUCAUCUUCCCUGAGAUGACAGAAACGGCAGCCAUGUGUGAUUUUGAGAAAAAAGUAACGAUUGUUAAAAUAUUGAGUCUUGUUCUUAUCGCGAUAUAUGCACGAAGUGAGAAGUUUGUGUUGGCACCCGACUCCACUGAGGAUGCUGUUGACGAGGGAAACGACAACGAGGUUGAUGGGAGCAGAAGUAAGGGCGGCAAUGUGGUGCAGACCAGCCUCGAGGAGCUACUUGGGCUGAUACCUACCUUAUGUCGACAAUGGCUGUGUGGAUAUCCCCGUGAGGUCGUCGAUAGCAGCACCGCCGCGGUGGUGAAGGGGGUUCACAACAUGCACAUGAGGUUCCGCGAGCGGCAAACGAAACAGCUGGAACGGGAACAGCGGCUUUGGAAGCGGGUUGAGGCUCUCCAACAGAAGCGUGACGAAGUUGCCGAUGCAGUCGCGGAGUCCACUGACACGCUUUGCGACGCCAUAGUUCACCGCGGCGGGGUAAGUGAGCUCUACGCUGCGAAUAAGAGAAUGGGGAAAAUUCAUGAAAUAUUGAGUACUCUCAACUCGGAGGUGGAGCGGCGGCGAAAGGAAAAGAGUAAGGUGUGA